CCAGCCCGCGGCUCUGCCCGUGGCUCUGCCCACGGCGCUCUCCCUCCGCCCCGUGUCCCGCGCCCCGGGAGGCUGUGCCGUGCUGCGGGUGCCGGCGGGGACAGGGACACGGACCCCGGAGAGGACACGGACACCAGCGGCACACGGACACUGACGGGGACAGGGACAGCGCCGGCCCGUGGUGGAAGAUGACGCUCCCAGUGCCCAACAGCACGGCGGUGUCGUGGGCACUGCCAGAGCCAGAGCCGGAGCGGUCACCCUGCCUGGUUGGCAUCGUCCCCAUCGUGUACUACAGCGUCCUGCUGGGGCUGGGGCUGCCAGUGAACAUCCUGACUGCCGUGGCCCUGUCCCGCCUGGCCACCAGGACCAAGAAGUCGUCGUACUGGUACCUGCUGGCCCUGACCACCUCCGACAUCCUCACCCAGGUCUUCAUCGUCUUCGUGGGCUUCAUCCUGCAGACAGCCAUCCUGGCGCGGGCAGUGCCCAGCGCCUUCAUCCACACCGUCACCGUGCUGGAGUUCACGGCCAACCACGCGUCCACCUGGGUCACCGUGCUGCUGACCGUGGACCGCUACGUGGCCCUGUGCCACCCGCUGCGCUACCGCGCCGUGUCCUACCCGCGGCGCACCCGCAAGAUCAUCGCGGCCGUCUUCGCCGUGGCGCUGGCCACCGGCAUCCCCUUCUACUGGUGGCUGGACAUGUGGCGUGACGCCGACCCCCCCACGGCGCUGGACACGGUGCUCAAGUGGCUGCACUGCGUCACCAUCUACUUCCUGCCCUGCAGCAUCUUCCUGGCCACCAACUCCAUCAUCAUCCGCAAGCUGAAGCGGCGGAGGCGUGCGGGGGGCGGCAAGACCACGGCCCUCCUGCUGGCCGUCACCACCGUCUUCGUCGUGCUCUGGGCUCCCCGGACCGUCGUCACGAUGUGCCACCUCUACGUGGCCUCGGUCAGGAGGGACUGGCGCGUGCACCUGGCCUUGGACAUCGCCAACAUGGUGGCCAUGCUCAACACCUCCCUCAACUUCUUCCUCUACUGCUUCGUCAGCCAGACCUUCCGCCGCACGGUGGGCGAGGUGCUGCGGGGUCACCCCCGGCCAGUCCCCCGCCGUGGCAGUGGUCACUUGCCACCCCCAGCCCUGAAACCGCUGAAGCUGCUGGGCAGCACCGCGCUCUGAGCCAGGUGGCAGCCCUGGUGCCCACCCAGCCCCACGCAUUGCACCGGGACCAGGGAGACCCCCACCCUCCACGGAGCCAGGGUUACUGCUGGUGGGGGUGGCAGGAGGAGGUGGUUGUGCCCAGACACUCAUUUGGGGAUAUCGUGGUGCCUGCCUGGCAGCAGCACUCCAGGCUGGGCAGCUCAGCCCUGCCCAUGCUCAGCCCCUGGCACAACACUGGAACUCAUCCAGGGAACUCAUCCAGGGCACGCCCCAGCUCAGCGGCACCGGGGGUCCUGGGGAGCCCAGGGGCUGCCCGUGGUGAGGGGUGGAGGGCAUGAGUGAGCUCCUGCGAGCCCUGACAAGGACGUGGUGCCCGCCGGGUGCCACUCCAUAAACUGCCAUGCUGAGACCAAAACUCUGCCUGGGUCCGGCUCCCUGCGGGCAGUGGAAC